AUGGGGCCUCAAGGAAUUGGAGCUAUAGAGGUCUUCAUUGGUGAGAAAUCGACUUGUGCGAAAUGGGCUUGUGCGAAAUGGGUCUUGGAGGGUGGGAUAAAAAAGAAAACAAGAAAAAAAACAAUACUUCAUUAUUCUGCCCUAAUCUCACUUCUCUCUCUUUCUCUCUCUCGCGCCCAGUCAUCACUAUGUCUCUCUCGCAGUGGCAACAACAGCAUCGUGGGCAACGUCCAAACUGUCUGUAGCAACAGCGAUGGCGAUUUCCUCACCGGUUCUCCCUCCAGCAUCCAGCUUUAUAUGGAGACUACACAGGACCUCCUUAAUCCUGCUAUUGAUAACAUAUCCAUCAUGGAAGAUCCAAAAACAGGAGAUGUUUCGCUACCUAGGGCUACCGUUGUAGAAAUCAGGGGUCACCGGAGUUUUAUAGAACUUCUAUGAUUAGGUGAAGCUCGCCGCUUUGCUUCUAACACAAAGUCGAACACAAAAUCUUCUCAUAGUCAUGUCAUUCUAAUGGUAAAUGUAUUGCUUUUAUGGUCUUCUAAUGGUUAUGCAUCUAA